ACAAGAACAGAAUAUUCGUACGUGUGUGAUUCAGGAUACAAGUAUCAUGAACAUAUAAUGAACAUAAAAUGAUAGGCAUACAUGCACAAAACUUUUUUUUUAAUAUUCAUUACCCCAAUAAUCGGCGAAUGGUAUAAUACUUAAACGUAAUUAACAAUGGCGAUACCUAUGCACAUGAUGGUGUUACAUAUCAUAGCUUACGAAAUCUUUUCUAACCGGGUUUUCGCCCAAUGUCAAUUCGAUGCGUGCUCUACAUCUCCUAACUUUUGUAAAGAUAAUCAAGAUUGCGUAACAAUGGAUAACUGUUCACUGACUUGCAGUUGUACAUCAGAAAAUUGUAAUAAUAUGACGUAUUCAAUCACAAAAGAUGAAGAACAAAUAGGCCUAAUAUAUGUUCCUGCAAACCACAUUUUUUGCAUGUGCGAUCACGGCUCAUGUCCUUCUGAUCCGGGAACAUGCAUUUGUGACAAAGGCUGGACGGGAACAAAUUGUGGCAUUUCUUGUACGGAUCAUUGCGGUUACGGUAGCACAUGUGUUGAUAUCGAUGGAAACGUGACAUGCAUCCCAACCGAAACAUGGACUAUGAACCCGAUCGCUGAGACAGUAUCCGACGCAACCGAAACAAGGACUAGGAGCGUGAACGCCUGUAGCCUCGGCUACGUCCUUAGACCGGUUGCAGAACGGUCAUGCAUGAAUAUUUCGUAUUGCAAAUAUGGGACGUGCUCAAUAACCGAGAACAGAUUUUAUUGUAUUUGCGAUUUAGGUGUAUCACCCAGUCAGCGAUGUGAGCACAAAUGUUGCAAGAACUGUGGCCACCAUGGUCAGUGCUAUUACCACGAAAAUCAAAAAAAGGAGCUGUGUUACUGUCACACGAACUACAAAGGGACUCUGUGUGAGAUGUACGAUCCACCAGAAGGACAGAAGGUAGUGUGGUGGUUCUAUCUGCUUGUCAUACUGAUCCCAAUCCUCGUGAUGACGCUGCUUACGUCACUGUUGCUUAUAUAUCUAUGGAAACAGCGCGUCAUCGUGGUUCUGAAGGCUGUCAGAUUAUUUAAAGCGUAUGAAGAUGACGACGAACGUCAAUGGGACGCUUUCAUCUCGUACCGUUCCAAUACCCCGGAUGAAGAUUACGUCAUCCAUACGUUAUUCCCAAAACUAACGCGAGAAAUGGGUUUCAACGUAAACAUUCACUAUAAAGACUUUAUUCCGGGAAAUGAGAUCACCAACAACAUCAUCUACGCUGUGGAGAACAGUCGUCGCACGAUCCUUGUCGUCUCUCCUCACUAUCUCACGAGUAACUUUACCAAGAUGGAGUGGCAGUUGGCACAGCAGAAGAUGCUCGAGCGCAAGAACAAGAUUAUCCCUAUUCUUCUUGAAGAUAUCUCGUCCCACAAGGACACCAUGGACCCCAACCUAAAAAGUAUUCUAGACUCUGUCACAUACAUCGAGUGGCCGGGAGAUCAGUCCAAGAAGGUCGAUAAGUUUUGGCAACGAAUAAGUCUAUCAAUGCCAAAAAAGAAAAAGCAACCUCAGCACAUGAGCAGUUCUUUUCAAAAUGGUGGACUCAGUCAGCCUACAAAUUCGACCAAUCAGAAUUCAGACUCUUUUAACAGGUCAUUUGAACUUGAUUCAAUGAACCCAAGGAACGAAAGAAGUGUUUCAGAAAGUACAGAAGUGUAUAACCAUAUAAAUGAAAAUGAGAGGUAGGAUCCUGAAGAAAUUUUCAGUAUAAUUAACGAAGGGGCAAUAGAUCUUGACGUUAAACAUGUAACUGACGAAGAAACGCGU